CCUCCCUCCCCCGGAAGUAGGGCCUGAUGUAAACACGGGAGCCGGGCGCCAAGGCCCGGGAGGUCAGGGAAGCCGGGCCGCGGGCGGCGCCGAGAACCGGGCUUGGGAAUCAGAGACGCGGGAGAUCAGGACAGAGAAGGCAGAAGGGAGCUGGACCACGAUCCCGGGGACUUGGAGGACUUGGAGGGGAGACCCCAGGACACUUCUCGACUGUAUGCCAUUUGUGACCAGAGGAACAAUCUUGGACCAUGAGUCAGCAGCCACUUCGAGGAGUGACCAGCUUGCGUUUCAACCAAGACCAAAUACGGAUUCCUACCACCCCCAGGCUGCUUUUGCUGUGCCAUGGAGACAGGUGUGCGGAUCUACAAUGUGGAGCCAUUGAUGGAAAAGGGGCAUCUUGACCACGAGCAGGUGGGCAGCAUGGGCCUGGUGGAGAUGCUACACCGCUCUAACCUGCUGGCCCUGGUGGGCGGUGGGAGCAGCCCCAAGUUCUCAGAGAUCUCAGUGCUGAUCUGGGACGAUGCCCGGGAGGGCAAGGACUCCAAGGACAAGCUGGUGCUGGAGUUCACCUUCACUAAGCCCGUGCUGGCUGUGCGCAUGCGCCAUGACAAGAUUGUGAUCGUGCUGAGGAACCGCAUCUACGUGUAUUCCUUCCCCGACAAUCCUCGAAAGCUGUUUGAGUUUGACACCCGGGACAACCCCAAGGGGCUCUGUGACCUCUGCCCCAGCCUGGAGAAACAACUACUCGUGUUCCCAGGACACAAGUGUGGGAGUCUACAACUUGUGGACCUGGCAAGCACCAAGCCUGGCACCUCCUCCGCUCCAUUCACCAUCAAUGCCCAUCAGAGUGACGUGGCCUGCAUGUCCCUGAACCAGCCAGGUACCGUAGUGGCCUCGGCCUCCCAGAAGGGCACCCUUAUUCGCCUUUUUGACACACAGUCCAAGGAGAAACUGGUGGAGCUGCGCCGAGGCACUGACCCUGCCACCCUUUACUGCAUUAACUUCAGCCAUGACUCCUCCUUCCUCUGCGCUUCCAGCGAUAAGGGCACAGUCCAUAUCUUUGCUCUCAAGGAUACCCGCCUCAACCGCCGCUCCGCGCUGGCUCGCGUGGGCAAGGUGGGGCCCAUGAUUGGGCAGUACGUGGACUCUCAGUGGAGCCUGGCGAGCUUCACUGUGCCUGCUGAGUCAGCCUGCAUCUGCGCUUUCGGUCGGAAUACUUCCAAGAAUGUCAACUCUGUGAUUGCCAUCUGUGUAGAUGGGACCUUCCACAAAUACGUCUUCACUCCCGAUGGAAACUGCAACCGAGAGGCUUUCGACGUGUACCUUGACAUUUGUGAUGAUGAUGACUUUUAAGGACCUUAGGGGCUGUGUUAGGGACCUGCCGUGGCAGGUUGUGGGAGCUGAGCCUUGGGGGCGGGGUUUGCUGUGGAAGCCACCAGCUAGCAAGCAUUAAUGGGGCCUGUGCCCACUGCCCCCCUCAGCAGAGCUGUGUCUAAAUAAAACAGCUCACUUCCCCAAGUAUUUCUUGAUGACUGUGUGCCCAAAGGGCCAGGCCAGGAACUCGGGGAGGCACCAGAACCGCCUGGAGAAUUGCGGGAAACCUAGAGGGCAGAGCCUAAUCCAACCUGGGGAUUUUUAAAAGCUUCCCAGAAAGAGAUGAUCUCUGAUGCAAUGAAUAUGAAUAAAAGGUUCUUUAAUGGCAUUUAUGGCUUGUGCUCAAGGGUGGGGCAUGGAGUUUCCAGGAGAGGCGUGACCCUCUUGGACUCUGACAGGAAGGAAGUAAAAUCCCGCCCUGGUCCUUCUGACAGUCCCUGCUGUCUUUUCUUUGCCUGUCUGGAAACUUUGAGCCGCCGCCCAGAACUGUCCUGCGUGGCGCCUCACCCGGGAACGGCUAGGAAUUUGAAGAGCUGGGAGCGUCCCGCCUCGUGGCUGAGGUUUGAUUUCCCGGCAACCCUUGCUGCCUCACUAUACGCCGUUGUUUACGUUUCCC